AUGCAGCGACUGCGCCGCCUCCUGCCGCCUGCUCCGCUCGCCGGGCUUCAGCGCCACUGCUUUGCUGGCGUCGUCGGCUUUGCGGGAGGCGCCACGCUAGGCCUUGUCGGGUGGGGCGGCGGCCAGAUGAUCAUUCCAGGGAUGACGCACCAGUACAUGGCGCUCAACCAGCUUGCGGCCACGGGCGUCUCGCUCUUCUCCCUGUCGCUCUCCAGCAUCAGCAGCUCCGUGCGCUUUGCGACGAGCGACAGCGCCUGCCUGGUCACCGCAGCCUCGAUCGCGAUACCGUCCAUCGUCACGGCGCGGUUCGGCACGCAGCUAGCGAGCCGGCUGUCAAACGAUGCGCUCGAGUUCGCCUUCAACAGCCUCUCGCUGGUCCGGCCGCUCGACGUGGCAUUCGGGUGCCUCUCCGGCGGCGUGUCGGCGCUGAUGGGGGUGGGCGGCCUCCCCUUCACGAUGUCGUACCUCACCGCGUGCACCGACUUGCCACACCACCUCGUGCAGGGCACCGCGCAGUGCGCGUGCGCCCCGAGCGCGCUCACGUCGGCGGUGAGCAGGAUACACGCGGUGCCGCUGGGUACAGCUGCGGCGGUCGCGGCGGGCGGUGUGGCCGGUGCCACCGCCGGCGCGACCGCCGCGCUGCACCUCUCGGAGGAGCGGCUGCGCGAACUCUUCAUGCUCAGCCUCCUAGUCCUCGGGGGCAGCGCCUGCCGCCGCGCUGUGAUCAACCUGCAGAGCAUGUACCGAAAGAGAACUUAG